AUGUCUCGUCUCGCUGCUCGACUGGCGCUUGGCCUCUGUCUCGCCACUCAUGUCGCCGCCCAGACCUCUACCUCGUGCAAUCCCCUCCACAAGACAUGUCCCGCCGACCCCGCCCUCGGCACCACCUUCGAUACCACCUUCAACGAGUCCACCACCCAAUUCGACCCCUCGCUCUUCAAGGUCGUUGCCGGCGAGGACCUGAUCUCGUUCACCUCCGAAGGCGCCGAGCUUACCAUCUCCGAGCAAGGACAGUCGGUCACCGUGCAAACCGCCUUCUAUGUCUUCUUCGGUCAGAUCGAGGUGCUCUUCAAGGCCGCUACCGGUCAGGGCAUCAUCAGCACCUUUAACAUGUUGAGCGACGACUUGGACGAGAUUGAUGUGGAGAUCAUGGGCGGCAACACUUCCUACACCUCCACCAACUUCUACGGCUGGGGUAACACCAGCCAAUUCAACACGCUGUACAUUCCCAGCACUGGCGGCUCAUGGGGCACCCAGGGUGCCAUGGGCGCCAUACAUAACUACACCGUCAACUGGACGCCUCAGUCUUUGCAAUGGAUCUUUGACGGCCAGGUCGUCCGAACCGUCGCCAACGAACCCGCCGGGCAAUGGCCGCAGACUCCAUCUUACAUGAAGUUUGGCAUCUGGGCCGGAGGCGACCCCUCCAACCCCCCGGGUACCAUCAAGUGGGCUGGUGGUGAGACGGACUACAGCAAAGGGCCUUUCACAAUGACUGUUCAGAGUAUUCGCAUGAUUGACGGCCACCAGAAUGCCUCGUCGUACACCUACGGCGGCAAUUCUGGAUCCUGGCAAAGCAUCGAUGUCGCCGCGGGUGAAUCGGCAGCCUAUAAAGCGAUCAACCACAAGCAGACUACCGCAAUCCAGAAUGCAGAGCAGAAAUGGAAUGGUCUCUCAACCACCGCCAAGAUUGGCAUCGCGGCCGGAGUCGGGGGCGGUUUCGUCAUUGCGCUGAUCGCCUUCGUAUUCUACUGCAUUAAGCAGCGACGUGCGGGCAGGCGAGAAAAGGCUCUUGCGGAUCAGGAGUGGGAGAAGCAGCAGUCGGAGCUGGUUCAGUACCGUCAUCAGAUGAAGAGGGGCUAUUACGCUGUUUCUUCGUCAGCACCGGGUCGGAAGUUUUGA